CUUUGCUUUGCUUCGCCUUGCCUUGCUUUGCGUGUCUUGCUGGGUUCGGUCCGUCCAUUGUGGAGAGGAGCACUGUCUCUUCUUCUUCUGCAGCUCUGGCGCGAAAGUGGCGCACAUCGGCAUGCACACGCCUUUUCUGGACGCCUCAUAGCUCAUUUCCCGACAAGGUUGAGUAACAAGCCUGCUGUUUGAACGCCACCAUGAUCGCCACGGGCGGCUUGCUGCGCAUGAACCGGCGCCAGGAUUCUCUGCGCUCCAAGAACCGUGCGGAAAACAAGAAGAAGCGGAAAUCCAAGAAGAAGAAGAAGAAUGACGUGGUUGUGGUGAAGGGCAAGCUCAAUCUGUGCUCGCCAGCUGGCUUGGUGGCCGCCGUGGGGGUUGUGGUUCUCAUCAUGGGGAUCUCCAUGGCCAUACUUGGCUACUGGCCCAGCCAGAACCAGCAGCAGUACCAAGAGCGCCGCCGGACUGGAGUGUACAACAAGAUGAGUUUCUCCCAAAGUCCAAAUGUUUCCUCCAACGCCGACCGAGAUCCUUCCAACCAGACCAAGCUUUUUAACCAUAGCCAUUCAAACAGCAGCGACCUGACCCCCUCCGCUCACUGCGGCUUCCUCUGUGACUUCCUGGAUAACUACCUAUACUCAGAUAACCUCAAAGUCCUUGGACCGCUGGUGAUGGGGAUUGGGAUUUUCCUUUUCAUCUGUGCCAACGCAGUUCUCCAUGAGAACCGAGACAAGAAAACCAAAAUCAUCAACCUGAGGGAUAUCUACUCCACGGUUAUCGAUCUUCACAGCGUUCGCUCUAAGGAGUACUCGCCGCUCAAUGGUUUGGUGAACUACACCCAGUCCAAGAGCGCAGAGGGUCCAUUGGGCUCCCACCCCCCGAGCGGAAUGCACACUCGCAGCUCCUGGCCAUCAACUGGACUGAAUCUGCACAGUGAGCUUGGUGGGGAUGAGGUCUUCAGACGUCCAUCACUGGCCAGCCGCACACGGAGCUGGUCCAAAGAUGUACAGACUUUCACGGACACGGUCUACAGCAUCUACAAGGACUACAGCAACAGCGGCGAAGAAGCCCCGCAGCCUCGACAGUGGGAGACCACCUCUAUUGUCACCUCCUCCGUCAACGCCUUCACUCUCCCGGUCAUAAAACUGAACAACUGCGAGGUGGAGGCGUCCGAAAGGGCGGCGGGAGAGGGGCGCUCAGAGGAAGGCGUGGUCAUCGAGGGGGAAAAUAUUAGCAAAGAAGCACAGACCAGUGGUGGACAUAUUGACAAAACAGACACCAAAGUGAAGGAGCCCUCCACCACGAGUCCACCGUCACCUCAGCGGUCACAUGUAGACAUACCCAAAGUUGACAAGCAGGGGCCACUACAGGACCCGCCACAGUGGACGCAACUGUUCGCUCCGUCCCCGGUUGCCAGGGCAAUGGGGUCGCGCCUGUCCCUCAAUUCGCUCACUGAUCAGCCCCGGUCCGCCCGGCGCUGCAGCCUGUCGGCGAGCGUGUGUCAUCAGGGCGACAGGGGCCGGCGCUUCAGCUGCCCCCGCUUGGAGCGCUCCAACAGCAAGGGCUACAUCAAACUGAGUGACCUCGGGGGCGAAUCCUUCGAAGCCCCGGAUACUUCUUUAGCAGAUACCGAGCGGGACGUAGCAGCAGCAGACGAAGCUCAGCGAGAGGAUGGACUGACGACCUCCGAUGAGUCUGUGGAAUCCUAAACAUUUUUGCAGAUGACUCCCUAAAAACUGGCAUGUAGUAGAAGUCUUGUUGAUGCCAGGCUGAGCAUGGAGGUGGGGGUGGUGGGGGUGGUGGUGGUGGGGACAGCCAUGAACACUCAAGGGCAAAGCAUAGAAACUACAGCUCCAAUAUUCAGAUGUGACUUUUCUAUUUUUUCAAUGUAGCAAGAGCAAUACUAAAGACUUUUAGAGGAUUUGUAAAAAGGUUUGGCUGGCAGUAGAGGCAGGAACAACCGUAGCUUGUAGACUGGCAGAAAAGCCUGGAAGGCUGCCUUUGUAGCAUCAAAGAAAAGCUCAACUAGUCAUCUCUACUGCAUCGCUAUGUGAAUAAACAUGCCAUGACAUCACCUAACAUCAAUCUCAGGUUUGAUUUAGGGAGCCUAGUGGGGACCUUGAACGAGGACAGGGUCCUUAUUCCCUUGUGUGCACACUUGUUUAUACGAAACAUCACAGUUGAAUAAAUAUGACCCCUCCCCAGCCCAACCCACAUAUUGGUCAUGAUACGAUGUAGGCUUCCUUUUUGUGUAGCGAAUGCGACGUAGAUUGUUUGCGCCUAAUAGUUUCUUUUGCAUCACGGAAAAAAUUAAACAAUGACAAAAGAAGAUUGACGCUUGGAGUCUUUCAGUCUGCAAACUUGAUAUGUUGUUGCCUGAACUGCAACAUGUGACGCACUUUGCCUUUUAUCACACAGAUUAAAGGAACCGUAUGCAGCGUCCUCCAGCUGCCCAGAGUGCUGCCAACAGUCCAACGUACAAAUAGCAUUAUAUCUCGACCUAUCACACGCACACAUGCCCAUUAGUUGUUGGCACAUUUGUUGUCACCUAAUGAUAGCUAUUUGGCAAAGUUUAGCUGCUUAUUUAUGCCAAAAGUAAAUUAAUGGAAAUUUUUUAUUAAUUUAAUUUAUAAUUAUGAAAAAAAAAUUGUACAAUGUUUGUUUUAAACCACUAUUGCUAACAUUUGCUAGCCGGCAGUGGUGUUCUUUAGUUUUUUUGGUGGAAAAAAUGUUUAUUCGAGCAGAUACAUAUUGCAUUCUACCGGGCGGCAGUGGCUCAGGAGGUAGAGCAGCUCGUCCAGAAACUGGAAGGUUGACGGUUCAAGCCGAGCUCCCUCCACCCAGUCACUGUUGUUGUGUCCCUGGGCAAGACCUUGAAAAGUACUAUGUAAAAGCUAAUACAUUAUUAUUAACUUGAUGUAAACUACUGUAUAACAUUGGAGAGUGGUUCCAGGGCUAACAAGGACCCUUGAAAGCUCUUCACGGGUCUGGAAUGAAAACAUGAAUGCUUAUGUAUGCACUCAUGCACACCAACUGACUGACAUGAAUGUCAGCUAUUACUGUAUUACAUACACUUACUGGGGGCCGCACGGUGGUCUCGUGGUUAGCAUGUUGGCCACACAGUCACAGUCAGGAGAUCGGGUUCAAAUCUCCGUUGGGCAUUUCUUUGUGGAGUUUGCAUGUUCUCCCCGUGCGUGCGUGGGUUUUCUUCGGGUACUGCCGUUUCCUCCCACAUUCCAAGUGAGUGCGAGAGUGAAUGGUUGUUUGUCUAUAUGUACCCUGCGAUUGGCUGGCGACCAGUCCAGGGUGUACCCCGCCUGUCGCCCGAAGUCAGCAGGGAUAGGCUGGGAUAGGCUCCAGAUACUCCCUCGACCCUAAUGAGGAGAAGCGGUAUAGAAAAUGGAUGGAUACACUCACUGGACACUUCAUUAGGUACACCUGCAUAUUGGAAACACUGAGGUACUGUUGGAUUGCUACAAACGUACUAACAAAGUUGUAUUUUUAUAUUUGUAAGGGCAGUUUCAAUUGUUCAUGUGUACCCAAUGACAUGUCCAUUGUGGGCCAUUUUGGGUGCCAUAUUGUUAUAACUUUAUUUGAGAGUGAUGAUCAAAAGGUGUUUCAUGGCUCUCUAAUGCAAACACGACCAUCUAUGCACUCCACCUACAGUACGUAUGCACUCCAGCUAUUAUGUAUGCACUCGUGCACCCCAACUACGUAUGCACUCAAGUACUCCAACUAGGUUUGCACUCAUGCACUCCUAAUAACUAUGUACUGUAUGUACUAAUGCGCUUCAACUAUGUAUGCACUCAUAAACUCCACCUAUGUAUGCAUUCCAACUAUGUACAGUUUGCACUCAUGUACUCCAAAUAACUGCAUUGACUCACGCACACCAACUAUAUAUGCACUCCAACGAUCUAUGCACUCAUGCACUCCACUUAUAUAUGGACUCAUGCACGCCAUCUAUAUUUGCACCCAUGCACUGCAACUAUGUAUGCACUCAUACACUCCAAAAAGCUGUAUUCACUAAUGUACUCUUAACUGUAUAUGCACACCAACUAUAUCUGCAUCCAUGCACUCAAACUAUACAGUAUAUACAACCCAACUAUGUAGGCACUUAUGCAGUAUAUUCACCAAUGCACGCCAACUAUGUGCACACUCAUGCACUCCAAUUAUGUAUGCACUCCGACUAGGUAUGCACUCAUACACGCCAAAUGCAUUUACCCAUACACUCUAACUAUAUAUACACUCCACCUAUAUAUGCACUCAUGCACUCCACUUACUGUAUUUAUGCACUCAUACACAAAUAACUGAAUUCAUUCAUGCACAAAAACUGUAUAUGAACGUCAACUAUACUGUAUAUCCACUCAUGCACUCCAACUAUACAUGCACUCCAAUUAUGUAUGCACACCAACAAUGUAUGCAGCCCACUGAUCUGUAUUAUAUAUCUGGAUAGCUCAUUGGCGAUGACUUGUGAAGCCACAAGGCCGCCAUAUUGCCACUCGCAAGACACACUUCUCGGACAAGCUUUUGCAUUCAUGGUGAACUUCUUUUAUUAAUUCGGAUUGGACACAAAUUUUGCCUUAAGAUGCCUGCAUGUGCAGCUAUUAACUGCACAAAUCGCCUGUUCAAAGGCUGUGGACGAACAUUUCACCUGUAAGUAUGAUUGAAAUGUAGAUUUAUGAUUGAUAAUUUAAGGGUUUUGCAUUGUUGAUCUCUCAGAUAUUUUCGAUCUUGUAAAAUUCCUCUGAUUAAAUGUAUGUCCAGAAUUGAUACGUUUAUAUAGCUCUAUAAUAGCUAAGGAGGAAAUUUACGUACUUUUUUGUAAUAUCAUGUUGUAUGUAGACUGCUCAAAAAAAUUAGAGGAACACUUCAAAAACACAUCAGAUCCAAACCGGGGGGAAAAUGAUCUUGAAUAUCUUUCCUGAUAAUAAGUGGGUGAUGUAUUAGUAACAAAAUGAUGCCACAUCAUUUGAUAGAAAUGAAAAUGAUCACCCUAUAGAGGGGGGAAAUCAAAGACACCCCAAAAAUGAAAGUGAAAAAAUGAUGCAGCACACUGGUCCAUUUUGCUAAAAUGUCAUUGUAGCAACUCAAAAUGAUUCUCAGUAGUUUGUGUGGCCCCCACGUGCUUGUACGCAUGCCUGACAACGUCGGGGCAUGCUCCUAAUGAGACUACGGAUGGUGUCCUGGGGGAUCUCCUCCCAGAUCUGGACCAGGGCAUCACUGCGGUACCUGGACGCAUGGAGGAGAUUCCAGGAGACAGGUAGUUACUCCAGGAGAGCUGGACAGGGCCGUAGAAGGUCCUUCAACCCUCAGCAGGAUCGGUAUCUGCUCCUUUGUGCAAGGAGGAACAGGAUGAGCACUGCCAGAGCCCUACAAAAUGACCUCCAGCAGGCCACUGGUGUGAAUGUUUCUGACCAAACAAUCAGAAACAGGCUCCAUGAGGGUGGCCUGAGGGCCCGACGUCCUGUAUGGGCCCUGUGCUCACUGCCCAGCACCGUAGAGCUCGAUUGGCAUUUGCCAUAGACCACCAGAAUUGGCAACUAUGCCACUGGUGCCCUGUGCUCUUCCCUGAUGAGAGCAAGUUCAACCUGAGCACAUGCGACAGACGUGAAAGGGUCUGGAGAUGCCGUGGAGAACGUUAUGCUGCCUGCAACAUCAUUCAGCAUGACCGGUUUGGUCGUGGGUCAGUGAUGGUCUGGGGAGGCAUAUCCCUGGAAGGACGCACAGACCUCUACAGGUUAGAUAAUGGCACCCUGAUUGCUAUUACGUACCGGGAUGAAAUCCUUGGACCCAUUGUCAGAACCUACGCUGGUGCAGUGGGACCUGGGUUCCUCCUGGUCCACGACAAUGCCCGACCUCAUGUGGCUAGUGUAUGCAGGUAGUUCCUGGAGGAUGAAGGAAUUGAUACCAUUGACUGGCCCCCACGUUCACCUGACCUAAACCCAA